AUGGGUCGAACGACGACGGUCUCCCUACGCAUCCUGCAGGGCCUCCUGGCCGCCAUCAACAUGUCGCUGUCUGCCUUUGUCAUCAACUACUACCUGACGUCGACGUUGCAGGGCUCGCCCGGCUCCUUCAGCUUUGUCCUUGCCGCCUCGUGCAUCUCGUUUGCGUCGCUGCUGUACCUCGAGCUCGCGCCCAAGAUGUUCCCGCGCGUCGCUCACCCGUACGCGAUACUCCUCGUCGAGGCCACCAACACGCUGUUUUACUUCAUCGCCUUCAUCGUCCUCGCCGUCUUCCUCGGCUCCCUGCAAAUGUGCUUCGGGGCUGUCUGCAAGGCCGGCCGGGCCGACUCGGUCGCCGCCGCCGCCGCCUUCUGCGCCUGGAUCGCCUCGACCAUCUUCACCGCCAAGGACAUGUUUCUCGGCAAGCUGCCGAGGCCCGGGAGCAAGGCGAACUUGGUGAGCGACGUCUAA